AUGGAAUACCGCCUGAACAUUGGUGGUAUCAGUUAAAUUAAACGUUUAAAGUACAAGUUAAGCGACCGUGGAAAGGAUCUUGAUAACCACCGCUGAAACCUUUUUAAAGAGCGCGGUAUACAUGAAUCUGCUGCAAGAAAAGUUAUUGACAAAAGGACCCAGACACGUUUUCUGACUGGCAGGUUUUGUUGAAAAUGAGAUGAUAAGACUGUUUUAUCGCCUUUUACUUUCAAUAGUCCGUAUUUUACUACUCCAGUCCACUGGAAAACAAUCCCUGAAGUACCGAAUGCUAAUUUGACGUCUGUAGGCAAUUGUGUGAAAUUUAACGACAUAUUUUGAUCGUUGGACUUUAAGGCUCGCAACUUGUCUUGAAAUUUGUGCUAAUUUUAUUUCCAAGGAAAUGCAACUGUUCCUAAGGAUUCUUUAGGUCCCCAUAAGGGCUGCUCGUUUGGCGCGUGGGACGAAGAUCCUUCAGGUAUUUGCUCUGCAAAGAUAGGGGGAGGCUGGUGGUACAGUGCUCAGACAGAAUGUGAUGUUUGUUCAAAUUUCAGUGGUGUCUUUCCGAACUGUGAAUACCCUCAACCCUUAGGUAUGAAAAACUGGAAAUAUUUAGAUUUUACCAGCCCUACAAACAGCAAUCCCACAUCUUCUUAAAUGAAAAUCAAACCAAUGGAGAAGUGAGCAUGGAGGAUAUGAGUAAAAAGGAAAAUUCAUUAAACCCACAAAAGCGUAAAAGUUAAUGGGAUUUCAAUGUUUAUGUUGUACAGUCCAAAUUUUCCUAUUGUGUUUGCCAUUACUGUUCAUUAAAAUUAAUUAAAAUUUGUCUUUUAAAACUUUCUGAUGUAAUAAUUUCCAGCCGUGUACGUCGCGGAUCGUUUCGUUAGAGUUUCGUGCACUUUAAGUUUCCCUUGCUGUCAGAUUGUUAUCUUAACAUCUCGUGCACUUUUAUAUCUGCUCAGUGUCAGAUGGUUAUGUUAGUAUCUCGCACACUUUUAGUUUCUUUGGUACCUGAUGUUUAUAUUUAUCUCGUGCACUUUUAGUUUUCCUUGGUGUUCGAUUUUUACGUUGGUAUCUCGCGCACGCUUGGUUUUUUUUGGUGUUCCAUUAGAACAAUAACUUUCGCAAUUUAUCGUGUUUUAGUAAACAGCAUGAGCAAGUUGAGCAGUCGAUACAAUGAAAUCGAUGCAACUUUUUUUUCAGUGGUUGUUGAUGUUAUUUUUACAGUGGACACAAGCAGCUCAGAAAGCCCUGGCUUAAAGAAAAAGUGAGGAUGAAAUUUAAUGUCUUAUAAAUUAGUUUAAACCUUUUUCUAGAGUGCAAUUUUGAACACGAAGAAAUUAAAAUAUAUCAAACAAAAUGAAAAUAUAAAAGAAUGCAAACUAGCCAUGUGUUUUACCAGAUGAUACAGUAUUUGAUAAUAGGAGUACUUUGGCAGAAUAUUUUGUUGUUUUAGCUAAUCUUUAGUUGGAAUGUUAUAUUUUAUUAUACAGCUUCCACAUGUACAGUUCUCAUCACAAAAUCUUAAAUAUUUUUCUGAUUUAUUGUCAGGAAGAUUAUGUAUGAUUUUACACAUUUGUGUGAGUCUGUUCUUCAUCAGUCUUUUUGCUAAUGUGACCCAUCCUAGUUCUCUAAUCAUAUCUGUUACACUGGCUAUGUCAAGGUUAGACAAGAGGAGAGAGAGAGAGUGGUGGUGGAGAUAAAGAAAUGAGUGAAGCUGAAAAGCUGAUGGAGGAGUUGGUGGAAUUGGAGAUGGAAUCUGAGAAGACAAAAGAGCAGAAGGAUGAGGCCAAGAAACUGGUAGAAGGGGAGAAAAAGAAGGCAAUAGAGAUGAGGGAGAGAGCAAUGGAGAGGUUCAGUCAAACCGAAAAGUGACAAGAAGAAACAAAAGGAUGAAGGGAAAAAGGAGAAAAAAAGAAGAAGAUCAGGAGAGGCAAUAGAGUAGUUGAGAGAAAAAGGAGAGAAUAUGCGAGAGAUGAAGGAGCAAGAACUUCAAGAAAGAAGGGAAGAACGAGAAGCCCAAAGAACUCAAACUGAACAGUCUAUGUCUCAAAUGCAAGCUCAAAAUGAGCAAAUGAAAUUAUUUCAACAACUGCUGCAACAAAUGCAGCAACAGCAACAACAGCACAGCCAACAACAACAACAAUUUGCCAU